CUGCUCUGCUCGCUGGGGUUCGCGCGGCGGUAGCGGCGGCGCGUGGCAGGUCUGGCGGGCGCGAGGCGGCGGCGGUGGCCCGAGCCCGGCCCAGCCUCGUCCGCCCGCGGCCCGCCCGGCCUGACCCCGGCCCCGGCCUGACCCGGAGUGCCGCGGCCUCUCUUUGGCCCGGCCCGGUCGGGAGCCUCCCGAGGGAGCGGCUCUGCCUGCCGAGAGCGCAGGCCCGGCCAUGACCGACUUUAAAUUGGGCAUCGUGCGGCUCGGCCGGGUGGCCGGGAAGACCAAAUACACACUGAUAGAUGAGCAAGACAUACCACUGGUGGAGAGCUACUCCUUUGAGGCUCGAAUGGAAGUAGAUGCUGAUGGAAAUGGUGCUAAGAUAUUUGCAUAUGCCUUUGACAAAAACCGAGGAAGAGGCUCGGGCAGGCUUCUGCAUGAGCUGCUGUGGGAACGACAUAGGGGAGGUGUGGCUCCCGGGUUUCAGGUGGUACAUCUCAAUGCUGUGACUGUGGACAAUCGCCUGGACAACCUGCAGCUGGUACCAUGGGCCUGGCGACCCAAAGCUGAAGAGACCUCCAGCAAACAAAGGGAGCAAAGUUUAUAUUGGCUUGCAAUCCAGCAGCUUCCCACGGACCCUAUAGAAGAACAAUUUCCUGUCCUGAAUGUGACCCGGUACUAUAAUGCCAAUGGGGAUGUGGUUGAAGAGGAAGAGAAUUCCUGUACUUACUAUGAGUGUCAUUACCCUCCUUGUACAGUGAUUGAGAAGCAGCUUCGAGAGUUUAACAUCUGUGGGCGUUGCCAGGUGGCUCGAUACUGUGGCUCUCAGUGCCAGCAGAAGGACUGGCCUGCCCACAAGAAGCACUGUCGGGAGAGGAAGCGUCCCUUCCAACAUGAGCUUGAACCAGAGCGAUGACGGGCUAAAGAGCUGCCACUGCUGCAGGUUCAAAGUUCCCGCUCAUCAUGAGCACAGUGGAAGACAGACUAGCAGUUGAACCUGGAGGUGCCAAAGAAGCCAGCAAUGGAUCCAGAGCAGCUGCCAUAAGACUGCACAGCAACAUGCAGCCUGUGGGGACAGUGCCCCUCCAGUGUUCACCUCCAGCAGAGACAACGGGGAGGCUCCCUAGGACCUUUCUCAUUAUUUAUAUGUUAAUAUGUUUGUAAACUCAUGUACAGUUUUUUUGGGGGGGAGGCAAGGGGGAAGGGUUAGCAACUUCAAAUAGAAUCAUUUGUUGUAUUUCUCAAAUGGUAAACAGUCACCACUCAGCUAGAGACUGUCAUGCAGUUGAGCUUCUCUUCUGGGCAGUGUGUGGGGGAGGGUCCCACCAAGAGGCUUGCACAGAGUCAUGUCUAAACAGGCAGAGUAAAGGGGUAGAAUCAUC